AUGGCACCUCUCAGCAAGAAAAAACAGGCUAAUAAGCGUUCUUAUCAGGAUGAUAAAAAGGCAGAUAGUAAAACUUUGAAGAAACCCAAGAUUUCGAUAGAUUCAUCAGAUGAAAGUGAUCACGAUAUGAACGAGCUAUCGCCCGAUGCGGCAUCUGACGGGGAUGAAUUGGACGAACUAGACGAAUUGGACGAAGUCGAGUCUGGGUCUGGGGAAGACGAUGAUGAGGAGGAAGAGAAGGAUAGCGAAGAGCAAGACCAAAGCGAAACCAAGGAAGAUGGCUCUAAUAAUCACGAUGAACAGAAAAAGCUUUUGAAAAAGAGGAAGAUGAUGAGAAAAUCAGGCGUGGAAGUCCAGCGUAUAAAAUCGCUUUGGGAAAAACUGCGUGUCAAGAAUCCGCCGAUUCCAAAACCAGUUCGUGAAAAGCUUUCGAAUGAGAUCUGGGAGCUUUCUAAGGAUUGCAUUAGUGAUCUUGUGCUGAAACAUGAUGCUUCUCGUGUGGUUCAAACUUUGGUCAAGUAUUCGACAAAGGAGCGCCGUGAACAGAUUGUCGAUGCCUUGAAGGGAAAGUUCUACGUGCUGGCAACUUCCGCAUAUGGUAAGUAUCUGCUUGUUAAACUACUGCAUUAUGGCUCCAAGAAUUCCAGACAAAUAAUCAUUGAUGAGCUGCAUGGGAAGUUGAGAAAAUUGAUGAGACAUCGCGAAGGUGCUUAUGUGGUGGAAGAUUUAUACGUGCUUUAUGCAUCUCAGCAACAGAAACAACAAAUGAUAAGGGAAUUUUGGGGUUCGGAAUAUGCGGUUUUCAAGGAUGCGCAUAAAGAUUUGACCAUUGAGAAAGUGUGCGAGAGCAGCAUCGAAAAGAGAAGUAUCAUCUCGAGGAAUCUUCUAGGAACCAUCACAGCUUCAGUUGAAAAGGGAUCUACGGGCUUCCAAAUAUUGCACGCAGCGAUGAGAGAAUUCGUCAAGAUGGCCAAUGAGAAGGAGAUUUCGGAGAUGAUUGAGUUGGUUCACGAACAAUUUGCCGAGUUGGUCCACACGCCAGAGGGUGCUGAUGUUGCUUGCACUCUGAUUGCAAGAGCCUCUGCGAAGGAGAGGAAGUUAAUAAUUAAGACGUUGAAAAACCAUACUGAUUCACUGAUCAAGAAUGAGUAUGGUAACAUAGUUUUCAUCACUGCCUUGCUUUGUGUGGAUGAUACCGUUUUGAUGUUCAAAUCAUUUGGUCCGUCUGUGAAAGAACAUCUGAAGGAAUUUGUUUCUGACAAAUAUGCUAGAAGGCCAUGGCUCUAUAUUAUGCUGGGUCUGGACGGUAAAUAUUUUGCUCCAAAUGUUUUGAGUGAGUUGAACAGAUACAUUACCCUUUCAGAAGCCACUUCCAAAAAACCUUCCCUACAAAGAAGACACGAGCAUUUGAAGAGAUUUGCGCCUAUGAUUUUGAAAUGCCUAUCAAAGAAUUGCUCGGAACUGCUAAGUGAGAAUCUCGGCUGCCAAUUCAUAUCUGAGGCCUUAGUCAACGAUGAACUUUUCGAGCAGCUAGAGGACAAAGAUCUCGAAAACUUUUCUCAACUCAUUGGAAACGUCAUAGAAAGUUUCCAAGGCGACAUCUCUGAAGAGGGACAUCCAAUGCAGAGUCCAUUUUCGACAAGACUGCUGAAGUCUUUGAUUCAAGGCGGUAAAUGGAAUAACAAGGAAAAGAAGGUGGAACCGCUAAAGAAGGUGCAAGGUCUCGGGGUAGAGUUCGCUGCGAGAUUCUAUGAUGAGGUAAUCGGUCCUGAAAAGCUGAUAGAGUGGUGCAAUAAUUCUAACAGCUCUUUUACCAUAGUGGCUCUGUUCGAAACGUUGAAAAGUGAGAAAGAAGGCGCCAAAUUCGCAAAAGAUUUGAAGAAAAUACUGUCUAAAAUCGACGACUCCAGCGAUGAGAAUAAAGGAGCCAAACUGCUUCUAAAACUAGCACGCUAA